CCCUUGCUUUUUGUGCCUUCAGGUUCAAGUAUUGCACAGAGACCGUUCUUUGAAGCAAACCAAGAAGACUAUGUUCUACAAAAUGAAGAGGAACAAAUACCCUACUUUUCAACUUCAACAUCUAGCAAUCAACUGGACACAAUACCCAUUGUGAAUCCAACCACCCCAGGUGGCACAACUCCGACCCAGACGCCAAUUGUUAAUCCGCCUGCACAAACAAACCCUACCGGACCAACCAUAACCCCGACAACCCCAACAACCACAGGUGGUGGAAGUUGGUGCAUAGCAAGCCCAAAUGCUUCCCCAAACGCUUUGCAGGUAGCUCUAGAUUAUGCUUGUGGCUAUGGAGGCGCGGAUUGCUCGGCGAUUCAAUCGGGAGGUAGUUGCUUUGAGCCCAACACCAUGAAAGACCACGCUUCUUAUGCCUUUAACGACUACUACCAGAAGAAUCCAGCACCUACAAGCUGCGUGUUUGGGGGAACGGCGCAACUCACCACCACCGACCCCAGCAACGGAAAUUGCCACUACGCAGCAUCAAGGUCAACACCAAGCACAACAACACCAAUCAAUCCACCAACGAAUCCAACUCCAAUGCCGCCGGCAACACCAACCAUAACAACCCCAACACCAACCGACACGAUGCCUACCGAUACACCGCCAACUGACACCACACCAAACGACUUCGGCGGUUACGGAUCGGAACCAUCAGACACAGCAAGCUCAGCAAUUCCGGUGACGGGCUUCUUCUCUUUCGUCUUCUUGGGAUCACUUCUUAUGGCAAAUUGCAUGUAAGAUGAAGCAGAAAACGACUCGGAUCUGUUCGAGUAUUACAAUCUGCAGAUCGAGAAGGCGUUUAGAUGAUAUUUUUUUUCUUUUUCUUUCAUUGUAACGUUUACACAAAGGAUACGAGGAACUCGGGGGGAGGAAAGUAGAGUUUAAUUAUUUCUAAGAAAAGAGGGGGGAAAUGGCAGGAAAUUACGCUAGGGUUUCUGCCAUAAUAGCGAUAGAAUAAAUUUCUAGCUAAUAUCUACCUUUAGGAUUAUAUAUCCCCUCUGUUCUUCAAUUUAGUUCAUGUUCAUCCCUAUAUUAAAAAAAAAAUAAAAUAGAAAAAAAUUACAU